AUGCUGCAGAGCGUGCCUGCCAAGGAAGAGGGAGAUCGCUUUCUGGAGGCCUUCCGCUCCCACGCCAGCACCCAGAUCAGCAUGCGGGAGCAGAGCCUGGCCUCCCAGAGAGAGCUGGGCACGCUGCUGGUGGAGACCAUCAACCAGCAGGCAUCUCUGGCUGCUGAGUCUCAGCCCUUCCGGGAAUUCAUAGAUGUUGCCUUUGAAAGCCUGCGAGAGGAAAGGAGGGUCCUGGAUGAGGAGCGUGACCAGGUGAGGUCCCUGGUGUCCCGGUGCAAGGCCAUGCUGCAGAGCGUGCCUGGCAAGCUGCAGAGUUGCCUGGAGGAGCGGGACACCAUGAGGCAGCAAGCGGAUGAAGCUCUUCAAGCCAAGGAAGAGGCCUCCCGCCAGCUGGAGGAGACAUCGGUGGCACUGCAGGACUCGGUGGCUCAGGUGGAGCAGCUGAUGGUGGCCAACUCGCGCCUCAGUGCAGAUCUGAGCAGCCAGAUGAAGGAGCUGGCCAGCCUGCAGCAGGAGCGGGACGCGCUCCGGCAGGAGAACGAGGACUACAGGGAGGAGAUGGCAUGGCUGGCAAGGGAGAGGGACACCCUGCAGCAGGAGCGCGAUGGGCUGUGCCAGGAGCUGCGGGAGAUGACAGAGUGCCGGGAGUUCAUCGACCAGGAGAACCGCAUGUCCCGCACGCAGCUGAUGGAGGCGGAGGCCAAGCUGAAGUCCACGCUGGCCGUCCUGCGGGAGCGCAGCCUGCAGCACGAGGAGCUGAAGGACUCACACCAGUGCCUGCAGGAAGAGCAGGCUGCCCUCUGCAAGGAGCUGGAGAGCGCUAAGGCCGAGCUCCUGGACCUGCAGCUCAAGAGGGCCAAAGUCUCCCAGUGCUCUGCAGACAUCGCCGAAAGCAAGAUGAGGCUGCAGGACCUGGCUGACUGUCUCAGAGCUGCCCUGCAAGAGGAGGACGACAGUGCGCCAUCGAGAAGCAGAGCCUGGACCCCAGCUCCCCGGACUCCGGGCUGGCGGACACCCGGCUGGCAGACACCCCGCAGCACCUGGACCCCCGCCUGUCGCACGCCAGCCUGCCGCACACCGUACCGUGCUGGGGACUCCUUCGUGGGCAGCAUCUUAAAAGCAGCCUCAGGAAGAGAUGCUGAUGAAGCCACUGGAGGUGGGAGUGCAUUUACCAGGGUCGAACCUGCCUCUACGCCAAAGCGAAUAGAGCCCGAGGAUGGCCUGCUGGAGAGCGUGAGGGAGCUGAGGGCCACAGUCUCCGACCUCGCCGCGCUGAGCUCCCGCAUCCAGGAGCUGGAGCAGAGCGAGUUUGAGGCGCUGCAGACCGAGAUCUCCAACCUGCAGCUGAGGCUGGAGAUGGUGACUGCCGAGAGCCAGGAGAAGACAGAUGCCCAGGCCGCCACCAUUGCCAAGCUGAACAAAGCCUUGAGGGGCAAGCUACAGAAUGAGAAAGAGCUGCAGGAUGUUGUGAAACAGCAGGAAGAGAAGAUGCUGCAACUCAUUGACAAGAGUGGGGAAGUCACGAGGCUGAAGGGAGAAGUCUCCCAGCUGAAGGGGCGGUGGCUGCUGCGGCAGGAGGUGGACAAACUGCGGCUGCUGCUCCUGGAGAAAGAGGAUGAAAACUCACUGCUCUCAAACAAGUACCUGGAGCAGAUUCGAGCCCUGGAGCUGAGGCUCUGCCAUGCUCAGAAGGGGCUGAGGAGCCACGAGGAGAUGCAGGAGAAGAUGAGAGAGGUCCUGUCAUCCAUCCCCGACGUGGCAGCAGGCUGCCAGGAGCACCACAGCCUGCUCCGCUACCUGGGCCUGAAGCCGGCCAGCAGCAGCAGGGACUCUGUGGACCUGCUAUAGCCCGUAGUGUGAAGU